AUGGCGCUCAAGCAGAAUCCCAUGGCGCUUGUUACCGCCUUUCUCAUCUCCCUCAUACUGGAAUCCAUGGACACUGCCCAUGCUGCUGUUCUGGGGACCAGCUUGCCCUCGUCUGUCAACACUCCAGUAGCCAACAUUGCUCCCCCCACCCGCAACACCUUGAAAGCCAGAGACCUACUCUACGUUUCCUGCGAGGUCAAUAACUAUGACAGGGCCUACCUGAGCGACAACUAUGACUUGGUCGCAGACCACCUCAGGACCAUGCCUGGCAAUGCCACCCUAUACACCAAACCGGGCGGAGGCUGGUGUUUCCGCUACAGCUGCACUGAGGAACUCGCCAUCUAUGGCUGCAACGACAACAUGGCCGAAACACAGGUCCCCUGGGUCACCAUGGCCGAGUACGCAGACGCCAUCAAGGGGAACUGCACAACCUUGAAGCAAACUCAUGGCCACUACAAGCCCGUGGUUCUGGGACAGGCGUUUGACUCUGGUGGCUGGAACGUGAUAUUGGGUGUGAAAGUGGGCACCAACUGUUGA